AUGGCUUCGUUUAUGCCCAGAGCUAAGGAUGUCAUAACCGAGGAGGACAUUCAAGCGUGGGUUUCUGCCGGUGUCCGUGCGGCGAUGCCUCUCAUGAACUCCGAGACUCGCGAGAUUCUUCUCUUCGCAAUGCAGGAGCACCAGCGCAUUCUGGAAGAGCAGACCCGAGCCAUGCGGCGAACUCUGGAGGUUCAGUCAGAGGCAAUGCAGCACACGAUCGAAACACAAGGUUCUGGCAGGACGUUCCUCCCUGGCUUCGGGACAAGCGAUGGUCGAUUGCGGAAGCACAUUCCAGCAGCGUGCCCUGUGCGGGAAGUUGCAAUCUGGCACAUGGGCAAGAAGCGCCUGGCUGGUAAUGAUCCAGGUGCUCUCACCUUCCUAGGGCGCUUCUUGCUGUCAGCAACCGUCACCGCUGGAGUGGUUGGCCUUUUUCGGGAUGUGUGGAGUGGCCCUGCACGAGCAAGACAGGCAACGGAAUUGCCCGAGCCUUCCCGGCCGUUGCCUACACUCCCUCCACGAUCUCCGCUGGAGUCGGCUCAGACGGCCGAAGAGCCAUCGCCCGUGACACGUGCCCCGUACAUGCAGGAACUUCCUGAAGUGAGACAGAGACAGCCCGAGCCCGUGGCUCCGGGACACAAAGUGCUCGACGAACCUCAGCGGCCCGCUGAGGCUUCCACCACGCUAGUACAUCUGAGCGGCAUGUGUGUGAAGGCUCAGGACGAGGUUACAGGAGAGGAUUCCACGGUGCUCGUCUUCUCGGACUGUGCCGACGAGCCAGCCAAGAAUCUCCACUUCAGGGAAGCGAAAGGUGGAACCUACCUUUUCCAGCUAGGGCGGCAGUGCGCUCACCCGGACGACAGCCUGGAAGCCUCCUCGGAGCCGCGUUUGUCCUUCCCUGCAGAUUGCAGCUCCAACAGGCACAUCCUCAGCUUCCAGAAACUUGCAGAGGACGAGCAACUUCCUGGUUUCCUGAUCCAGUUCCUGGGAGGUGCUGUUCAGUAUUGCAUCCAUCCCUACCAGGGCAGUGAGAGUCCAAGCGACGGCACGGAACUCAUCAAUCAUGUGCAGUGCGACCGAGGUCGCAAGGCCCUGAGAUUUCGAGUGGGUGAUCCGGAGCAGCUCGCCAAGGAGGAGCCUCAGCUAAAGAAGGCAUUGGGGAACCCUUUGAUCCCGGUUCCACAGGAGGAACCGUGCUCUUACUUUGGAGAGGGCAAGUCGCAGAGUUCACGGCCAGGGAGGCCUUGCAUCCCGCCUCCGCCCUUCUGGCCAUACACUGGUGUGACGGAGUGGCGAACUGACCUCGGCCGGCGCAUUCUGGCUGCAGUGACGCCCACGGAGGAAGUCUCAGAGGCCAAGUGCGGCGGCUAUUUCUUGCUGGGUGACCAGACCUGGUGCAACCGGGCCUUCGACGGUAGUCACGGCUAUGGGCAAGUGGGCUUGUCCUUCGGCAUCGAGGCUAGCCGGUCGCCGGCGGUUGGCGGUUUGCUGGUUGCUGCAGUGGCCCUGGCAGUGGAAGAAGCCGAUGAAAGUCAAAAACCAACGGGACACCAUUGGGCGAACAUUACUGUAGGCUAUUUCGUGGCUAUGCAGUGA